UCAAUUUUCAGUUAAAUUCACGAUUUCACAGUCGUACAUGGUCUAUUCUCACUAUUUGUUUAGGAAAUUCUUAAAAAAAAAAUUAUAAACAAUUUAAAAAUAAGAAAUGUCCUUUUUUUCAGUGUCAUUCAAAAUGCUUUGAUAAACAAUACGCACACACUUAACAGCAACAGCGAUAUGCUAAAAUAAAUAGACUGAAUUUAAAACAAAAAAAACAAAAGUGCACAAAAUCACCGUACAAAAAUGGGGAUACUUAUGAAAUUUAAAGAAUCUCGAGUAGUUCAUCUACUUUUUGCUAUUACUUUUUUUACAUCCGGCCUGAUAAUUAAUUUAUUGCAAUUCAUUUUAUACAUUGGAUUACGACCGAUAUCGAAAUAUCUGUACCGUAAAGUAAAUUAUUACCUGUGUUAUUCAUUUUAUAGCCAAUUAGUUUUUAUGACCGCAUGGUGGUCUGACACGACACCAGUAAUUUUUGCCGAUAAGGAAGAGUAUGAAAAAUAUUUUGGCAAGGAACACGGAUAUUGUAUAAUGAAUCAUACCUAUGAAAUUGAUUGGCUUAUCGGUUGGGUAUUCACUGAGCCAAUCAAUUUACUUGGAAAUUGUAAAGCUUACGCGAAAAAAUCAAUUCAAUACGUUCCAACUUUGGGCUGGGCUUGGAAAUUCGCCGAGAGUAUAUUCCUUGAGAGAAAUUGGGACAAGGAUAAAACAAUGAUUGGUGUUCAAAUGAAAGAAUUGGCCGAUUUUCCAGACGCAAUGUGGUUGUUGCUCUUUGCCGAGGGAACGCGUUUCACGCCAGAAAAAUGUGAAGCAAGUCAAAAAUUCGCCAAAGAAAAGGGACUACCAGUAUUAAAGCAUCAUUUAACACCGCGCACUAGGGGUUUUAUCGCAAGUCUACCAAGCAUGAAAAAUAAAGUCGAUGCAAUUUACGAUGUUCAAUUGGCAUUUAAGUCGAGUGAACCAAAUAAACCCACAAUGAGAAGUCUUCUUUUGGGUAAAAAAGUUCAACCCUACAUGUAUGUGAGGCGAAUUCCUCUAUCGGAAGUUCCCGAAGGCGAUGAAGCCGCAGCCAAAUGGCUUCAACAACUUUAUCAACGUAAAGAUCGUUUGGCCGAGAGUUUCAAUGAAACUGGCGAUUUUUUUAAAACUAGCGGAGUUCCAAAACUCGACAGUAUUAAGUACAAUAGAAGAAUUUAUCCUGUGAUUCAAGUAAUGUUUUGGGCAAUUGUCAUUCUUGUUCCAAUGAUUUAUUAUCUAGUGAGACUAUUUUUGUCCGGUUCGACGAUCUACUUUUCCAUAGGCGCCGGAAUCAUAGGUCUAUUUUUCUUAAUGAUGCACAAAAUAAUCGGAAUGUCCGAAAUUAGUAAGAGUUCAUCGCACUACGGCUCAGCCGAAUCUCAGAAAGCAAAAUAAAGAAAGAAAAAUUUGCCAGUUUUAAAAAA